AGCUGACGAGAUGUUACGUCAGUUAGUCGGUAGCCGUUGCCAUUGGACGCAUGAUGUGAUUACCUAGCGCCUGUUACUACAGAAUUCUAAACUCGUGUUUUUUCAUUCUAAAUUUCAAGCGUUUUACUAAAAUAUGUCUAACGUCAACGAAUACUACAGAGCGGUCCUUCAGUUAGUGAAGGAAGCAGGCUCGAUCGUAAGGGAAAAGAUUAACCAACCUCAGGAUCCGAUGACGAAAUCCUGCGAUGUCGAUCUUGUCACUGAAUGGGAUCAAAAGGUCGAAAAAUUGUUAAUCGACGGAAUAUCUUCCAAAUUUCCUGAUCACAAAUUCAUUGGCGAAGAAGGAAGCUCGCUUGGGAAUAAAGUCGAAUUAACUGACGCACCGACAUGGAUCAUCGAUCCCAUCGAUGGCACGAUGAACUUCGUGCACGGUCUGCCGCUCACAUGCAUAUCGAUCGCAUUGUUAAUUAACAAGGUCCCCGAAAUUGGAAUUGUUUAUAAUCCUAUCUUGGAACAACUCUUCACCGCCUGCAGGGGCCAGGGAGCGUUUCUCAAUGGAGCCCCUAUUCGUGUUUCUGGAGAGAAGGAAUUGCGGAAGGCUUUAGUAAUGAUGGAAAUGGGCACAAGCAGAGAUCCAGAGAAAAUGAAGAUUGUAUUAGAGAACGCUAGUAUCCUUACUCCACAAGUUCAUGGAAUACGAAGUUUGGGAUCUGCAGCUUUGAACAUGUGCAUGGUAGCUCGUGGUGGAGCAGAUAUUUCUUUUGAAUAUGGUAUUCAUGCUUGGGAUAUUGCAGCUGGUGAUAUUAUUGUGAGAGAAGCUGGUGGCGUGUGCAUAGAUCCAGCUGGUGGUCCAUUUGAUGUGAUGAGCAGAAGAGUAUUAUGUGCGUCAACAAUGGAGUUGGCUCAAGAAUUAGCUAAAAUUCUAGUUCAGUAUUAUCCUGAGCGCGAUUGAAACUCUUGAGAUAUCAAGAAAAUUAAUUUCAAAUAUCUGCGUCAAUUGUGUACGUGUUUAAUGUACAUAAGAUUUGUAAUUCCUUUUUCUCUCGACUGUACAACGCAGAUUCGACAUUUUCGUUGAUCUUGCAAGCAUUUAAGGUUUACAGAUUAAAACAAAGGUUCAAAAAAAUGUGUCUGUUUAUUAGCUUCGUACAUUUAUGUCAUAUUUAUUUAAAUGUAAAUUGAAUAUUACAUCCACAUUGACGAUGAGUUAAAUGUUUAACAUUACUGUAUAUUGAAAGAGAGGCAUACGAAUGCAAAUGUAAUAUGUCCUUUAUUGAAAUAUAAUGUGAAAUAAAUU